GUAAGCCACUUGCUCUACAGUCAGGGAGAGAGGCAGAGAGGAGAUAUUGAUCAAGCCCGCCUAGUCCCAAGAGAGACAGAAGCUGUAGUGGAGAAACAACGCUGCUGGAAUGGAGCUGGGUCUUCUGUUGGGGAUGAUUUUCACCUUAGUGGGAAGCACACCAGUGGUACCCGACCAGUACAGCAGAGCAGUGGACUGGCUGAGUAGGUAUGGCUACCUUCCUCCUCCUGACCCACGCACAAGCAAACUGCAGACCAAAGAGGGGAUCGAGGAGGCUAUUCGAGUCAUGCAGAGAUUCGGAGGGAUCCAGGAAACUGGGGUGAUCGACAGUGAAACCCUGAAACUCAUGUCCACACCACGCUGCUCCCUCCCUGACAUUGUUGAAAGAGUGGACCUGCUGAGGAGGAGGAGGAGGAAGAGAUACGCCCUGUCAGGCCUGAGGUGGCAUAAGACAGACCUCACAUGGAGUAUCCACAGCUACCCAUCUCCCUCCAUAUCACCCGGCCUCUCCAACACUUUGGUGGAUGACCUCAUGCGUUACGGCUUCAAAGCCUGGAGUGAUGUGACCCCCUUAAAGUUCCAGCAGCUGUCCGGCGACGGCAGCACUGGAGGAGACAUCAGAGUAUCUUUUGCAAGUUUGCUCCAUGACGACGGAUACCCUUUUGACGGGCGGGGUGGCACCCUGGCCCACGCCUUCUUUCCCGGCAGGGAUGCGGUGGCGGGUGACACACACUUUGACGAUCAUGAGAUCUGGAGCUAUGGAGGUGACAGCAGCAGCAGCACAGACUUGUUCACAGUUGCAGUGCACGAGUUUGGCCACGCGCUCGGCCUGUCUCAUUCCUCCUCCGAUCCGUCCAUCAUGAGGCCGUACUACCAGGGUCCGGUGGGAGAUGUUUCCACAUUUACGCUGCCGAUGGACGACAGGCUGGCCAUCCAGCAGCUUUACGGUGUGAAGGACGCCGAUCGACCAGGUGUUGUUGAUCCUAACCUGCCCCGUCUGCCCAGUAAACCUCAACCAAAACCAACGCAGCCCUCUGAUCCAUCGUUCCAUGAGCGCUGUCAGGGAGGCUUUGACGCGAUCGCAAACAUCAGGGGAGAGGUCUUCUUUUUCAAAGGUUCACAUUUCUGGAGGAUUCAGCGCGACAGGUCUUUAGUGUCCCUGAAUCCGGCUCAGAUCAAAAACUUCUGGAGAGGCCUUCCACCGGGAACAAACAAGAUUGAUGCUGUUUAUGAGAGGAAGAGCGACAGCAAAAUCAUCUUCUUCAUUGGAUCUAAGUACUGGGUCUUCAAGGACACAGAGGCCAUGGCUGGAUACCCCCGGCCCCUCUCUGACUGGGGCAUGAGGAGGAAGAACGGCCAGCUGGUGGACAGGGUGGAUGCAGCCUUCAUCUGGGCUCAUAACGGAAAGACCUACCUGUUCAGCGGAGGGGAGUACUGGAGGUUUGAUGAGAGCCGGAAGGGUGAGCAGGCGACCAGGCAGCCCGAUUUGGACUACCCACGAGAGAACAAACUGUGGGAAGGAAUCCCCCUCCACAUGGACGACAUCAUCAGCUGGGGUGAAGGAGAUGCCUACUUCUUCAAAGACAACUCCUACUGGGUGUUCAUGAAAGGAAGACUGACCCAAGAUGCUGUCACUCCCAAAUCCAUCGGAGAAGACUGGCUGGGAUGUCCAGCUCCUCCUUCAACAGCGAAUCCUCGAUUCCCAAAGGAAUGCCGCUGCGACUUAAAAGGGUCCUCUCCACUGCUUAGAAGCAGCUGGAUCCUCCUGAUCUCUGUUGUAUUAGUAACCAGUUUGUUUAUUAGAGUUUGACUGAGUUUUUGUACUACUGCCCUCAUUCCACUGGAGGGUAACGCAGACUCUUUCUGUCACUCACAGAACAUUACAGCCCACACGCUGGUUUCACGUUACAUACUAAUGCCAUAAAAAGCCUGCAUUAGACGCCCACCUUAUCCUUUAACAUGAGGCUUAUGUAAAUGUUAAUACUUUAUCUGAUCAGAACUUACUGCUGACCUGUUAAAACAGCAGCCUCUGCAUCCUCUCUCCCUCCUGCUAUAGAAUUUCAUACGUUCCUUUUUCUCGAGUAAGUGUUGGAUUACAUGGAGCCUGUGAAGGUGAAUGCAUGGAAAUGUAACACCAUAAUCCAGCACAAGGGCUACUCCCUCAUAAUGAGGUCGUAUGUAACCAGCCUGUUAGGAUGGGAAGCAGACAACGCAAACAUACAUGACUGCAAAAAUCAGUUACUUUACUGAAGGUACUUUUCUUAGAAUUAGAAUUUGUGCAUGUGUUGAUGUGUGUAUGUGCAGUACAGACAGAAAUAGGAUUUUGGUGAAUUAAUCUUGCAGAAACUGCAAUGUUAACUCUUGUGUCAUCCUGAUGUCCACAUUUUCAACAUUUUUGGGAAAUCUUUGAACAUUUUCUGGUGGGAAAAAAAGAAAUUCUAAAACAAUCUUUCUUAUGAACAUUCACAAAAAAAAAUCAACCAAAAUCCAGCGAAUUUUGCUGGAUUUUGGUUGUUUUUUUGUGAAUGUUCUUCAAGAAACAUUUUUUAAACAAUUUUUUUUAGAAGAUCAAAAAUAAGGAAAUAUUAGAAGUUUUACUGAUAAAUGUGUAAUCACUUAAGAUUUAUUAGGAUUUUUUGGGGGGGGUUGGAAGAUUUUUGCUCAUUUUUUUGAAAAUAUUUACAAGAAUUUUUUUUUUUAAUAAAAUUUUUAAGGGAAACUUUGAAGGAAUUAUUGUAAUUUUCUUCCUGAAGGUUUCGCAAAUUUUUUGGCUGAAUUUUUGGAUUUUUUUCAGACAACGAAACAAUAUUUUUUGGUGCCCGUAAAUGAGGACAACAGGAGGCUUAAAUGGUGAGAGGAACCUGUGCUUUGUUGUUGCUACAUUGAAAAAUUUGGAUAACUGGUUUUACAUGCAGCAUUUUGUUUUGUUUUUUAGACUGAAACCGGUUGAAAUGUGAUUUUUUUUGAAUUGCAAAUGGGUUAAUUAUGUGGUCAUGUGUCACUAUGAUGCUAAGAUAAAUAAUUUUAUUGUUAAAGUAAUGUAUGAAAGUAUUAAAUUCUGCUGUAUGCGUGCAAGAAAUAAACAAGUGGGACCAUUUAUUAGAUUAGAAAAUAUCAUAUUGGUUUCCUUAUAGCUUAACUUCUUAUCAAAUCUCUUGAUUUUGGCCCCUUCAAGCUUUGUUCUUUUUGGUUUUCAUGAGUCGCGUAUACGUGACUCACAUGAUAAAUGCUGAAAGGACUAAAUGUGGAUCAUUCUCCAGUGACAGUCCCUUAUGUGUCAACCAAGAUCCCAGAACGAUAGCUUUCUGAAGAGCAUCUAUCCCUCUGAGGGCUGACACAGAGAGAUAAUGAAUCUGGGUGUCACAAAGGGUUGCAAAUAAAAGGAGAAAGAGUAACAGAAGAAUGUCAGACUGUUGAUGAGCCUGAUUAACUAGUUUACCUUUUAGCUUGACCUUCCAUCAGAAGAUGAAGCAGCUCGGAUUUUACGGUUAGAAACUCUGCCUCUCAAAGGAAAGUGAUGCAAAUGAGUAAAGUCUCCUGAAUGUCUGGAAUUCUGAACAAUAGCUGUACUUACUUUGAUUGUGGCGUAAAAAAUUGAUCAUGCUUA